UGGGGAGACAGCCAGGGAGGGGAGGAGCCUCCCCCCCCUUAAUUUACCCACCAACCAAAGAUAUAAGCCCUCGGCUGAGGGAGAGCUUACUCACAGAGGCAUCUGCCAGAGACACCUGGAAGAUCACAGAAGUCUGGCUGGGUCCCAUCAUUCCUUUGGCAUCCCAAUUCCUCCUCCCGUUCUACCUCCUCAUCACAAUGGUUGCCUCUCUGAAACCCUGGCCCCUUGUGAUUCCCGUGACCCUGUGCGUCUUGUUCUGCUUGGGCACUUUAGUCGACGCCUAUCCUCCCAAGCCAGAGAGUCCUGGAGACGACGCUUCCCCUGAAGAAAUGGCCAAAUAUUUCUCAGCUCUCCGGCAUUACAUUAACUUGGUGACAAGGCAGAGGUAUGGCAAGAGAGCCAGCCCAGAGACCUUGAUGUCAGAGCUCAUUUUUGGAGACAGCAACAACGACCAAAAUGGCAGAUCACGAUUCGAUGAUUCGUAUAUGUGGUGAUGACCUCCUGACUCCUUAUCUGACAGCUUUGUUGGUUCCAAUUCUAUUGUGUCGUUUGCAUUUUUUGGAAAAACAAUCAAGCCUUGAUGAGCUGAUCCCUUUCUUUAGAGGGCCUGUCCUCUUCCUACCCUCCAAUUUCCCCGCUUCCCUGGAUCUGAGGCUUGGGAAAGAAUCACUCUGGGUAUUUUCAGACAACACCAUAAACAAGGAGGUUGCGUCUCCUUUUCCCACAAGCCGAGCAGAGGGCGCUACAGAAGAUCUUGGUGCCUGGGGCAAGAUGGGGUGUGAGUGUUUUUGGUGGUGGCAUAUGUUGUACUUGUAAUGGUACCUGUGUUGAUUGUUAGUACAAGACUCCACUACAUCUGCCCUGGGUUGAUCUUUAUUUUAUACGUCAUUUAUAUGUGUGUAUGUGUGUGUGUGCGAACAUGAUUGAGAGUGUGUAUGUGUAUGUAUAUAUAUGUAUGUAUUAUUUUAAAUGAAUUUCCUCUACAUCCACAAUAAACAGCAAGUUUAAUGGAAAAA